AUGACUUUAAGCCUUUUUGAUCAAUUUAUGAGCCCAACACUACUAGGAGUGCCCCUUAUUGGACUUGCGCUAGCACUACCAUGAGUUCUCUUCUUUCAACCGGGUGCACGGUGAAUAAAUAAUCGCCUAGUGACCCUUCAAGCUGUGUUUAUAAACUGAUUCGUUAAACAAAUCUUCCAACCCAUGAGCCUCGGGGGUCACAAAUGGGCCGCCCUUUUAAUAUCCCUUAUAUUGUUUUUAAUUACCUUAAACAUAUUAGGGCUCCUGCCAUAUACGUUUACACCUACAACCCAACUUUCACUAAACAUAGCUUUUGCAGUCCCGCUUUGACUAGCAACCGUAAUUAUUGGUAUACGAAAUCAACCCACACACGCGCUUGGACACCUCCUCCCUGAAGGGACCCCAACCGCUCUUAUCCCCGUCCUAAUCGUGAUCGAAACAAUUAGCCUUUUUAUUCGCCCCCUUGCUCUAGGGGUCCGACUUACUGCAAACUUAACUGCUGGACAUCUUUUAAUUCAGUUGAUUGCAACAGCAGCUUUUGUUCUUUUUCCGAUAAUACCUUCAGUUGCCAUUCUAACAUCCAUUUUACUAUUUUUACUCACCCUCCUGGAAAUUGCCGUUGCAAUAAUUCAAGCCUACGUAUUUGUACUUUUAUUAAGUCUUUAUUUACAAGAAAACGUCUA